AUGAGUUCAUCAAUAUCAUCUCAAGCUACUCUUUUAAUGAAUAAUAAUAUUUCAAUUCCUCAAUUAGCAUUAGGUACAUAUAAAACAACAAAUGAAGAAAUGAAUAAUGUUAUUGAAACAGCUCUUUCUGUUGGUUAUCGUCAUAUUGAUUGUGCUUGGCUUUAUGGAAACGAAAAAAGUAUUGGGGAAGGUUUAUCUAAUCAAUUAAAAAAAGGGGAAAUAAAACGAUCGGAUUUAUUUUUGACCGGUAAACUUUGGUGUUCAUUUCAUAAAAGUAACCGUGUACGUCAACAAUGUUUAAUAACAAUAGAUGAUCUUCGAUGUCAAUAUCUUGAUCUUUUUCUUAUUCAUUGGCCAUUUGCUUUUGUUGAUCAGGAUCCAAAUAAAAAUGAAGAAGGUGAAUCAAAAGUUGAUGAUGAAAUUGAUUUUACUGAAACAUGGAAAGCAAUGGAAUUGUUAGUUGAUGAAGGAUUAGUUAAAUCUAUUGGAUUAUCAAAUUUUAAUGAGCAACAAAUUGAACGGAUUAUUAAUAUAUGCAAAUACAAACCAGUUGUUAAUCAAGUUGAAAUUCAUCCUUAUUGUCCACAAAUUGAAUUAGAAAAAUUUUGUAAAAAAUAUAAUAUUCUUCUUGAAGCUUAUGCUCCAUUAGGGGCCAAAUAUCGAGAAUGGAAACAAAAAGAUGAUCCUGAAAUCUUAGAAGAUAAAGUUAUAAAGUCAAUUGCGGAGAAAUAUAAUGUUCCUUCAGCUGCAGUUCUUCUUCGUUAUAUAAUAGAUCGAAAUAUAAUUUGUAUUGCUAAAUCAUCAAAUGAACAACGAAUUCGAGAAAAUUUUAAUUUAUUUAAAGAAAAUAAAUUCAAAUUAAGUGAAGAUGAUUUCAAUAAAAUUCACAAUGAAAUUCAAAUUAAAUUUCGUUAUCACAAAAUGGAAGAUACAAAAAAUGCUAAAGAAUAUCCUCUUAAACAAUGGAAAGACUUUGUACCACAAAAUUAA